AGUGGCUACCAAACGUGUCAGGAGUACUUGGACUAUUGCAAGCACAAUAAAGUGAGCCUUGAGACUGCCAACUUCAACGGUACUUUGUACGAAUUGUAUAGUAAGCAGAUGUUGGAAUCAUUCUUGCGGUGCAAGGGACUAAUCCGAACCGGAGGAGCCUACGACAACGGGUUGGAUCUCUAUGGAAAGUGGGAUCUAAGUCAGUUCCACGCCUAUUCCAAGGAGAAGUUAGACCGUACAGAAAAAGUCUCUAGCCGGUCCUUGGUCAAACAGUCCAUCGAGGGGGGUGCUGCAUCACUGGCUAUUUCGUUGGAAAAGGAUAUAGCUGUCUUGGUCCAGUGUAAGAACGUAUCCCGUCGCAUCACUGCUAGCUUGGUCCGUGAACUCGCUGGCAUUUACAAUUACCAUGUUAAAAAGAGAACUGGCCCCAACUCCGUUCUCACUAGUUACAUGCUCUUGAUAAGCCCCACCACCAUGACUGCUCAGGCAUUAAGUCAAAUGAAUACCUCCACCUUUCCAAUGGUCCAUUUAGUGUUGCCAGCACUUCAGUACACGGGACCAAGGGGCUCUGAUACUGUGUUGCAACCACAGGACCUAUUUGAUGUAGUUAACUGGUCUGGGAAAGGGAUUCAGCUGGCGUACCUUAAUUCCAAAGCACGGAGUCUUCUUGCAGGACUCAAUAUGGAAUUGCAACUACAGUUAGUGGUCAAUAAA